AUGCCUGCGGCCGUGCUUGUGCCUGCACUUCUCCUCUGGCCUUAUCCUCAUGCCGGCAUGGGUUUGGGUGCUCAGAGUGUGUGCCUUCUCCGGCAGUUUCGGCAAUACAGGCCUCCCACCCUUCGAGCGACAUGUGAGUUUGAUCUCGAGGCCUCGGCUCAGAAACGGGAUCGGCGACCGUCAACCGGCCGGCCACUGUAUCACACCGUCCUCGAUGGAACAACUCGACCGCAUUACACACAAGCCGAUCUCUUCGUCACAACUUACUUACACAUACUCACUGGUGUGCUAGACACAUGA